UUCAAUUUGUGUACACUGUAUUCCUUCGCUUCUAUAGAAAUUUUAUAAACACAGGAAGAAUUAUUUUUUCCAGCGAUUUUUUUAUGAUAGAGAAUUAUUUGUGUACAAUUUCUUUUGAGAAAUGCCAACUGUAAUAGCAUUAGAUAUUUCUCUGUCAAUGACUUGUACUGUGUCUGAGACAGAUGAAACUACAUAUCAUAAAUUAGCUGUUCAAGGCAUUAAAGAGUUUCUUAACUAUUUAAGCACAAAUUGCAAACUUGAAUUUGUUGCAUUAGCUACUUUUUCAAGUACAUGUGAGAUAGUAGUGGAUUUUACCCGAGACUAUGAGAGUAUUCGUCAAGCUUUAAAAAAGAUUGAACACAUCGAUAAAGUUAAUUAUGAAGAUCUAUUGCAAACAGCAAGUAAUGCAUUAGCGACUAAUUGGGGCACUCAAUGUUUAUGCCAAGUGAUAAUAUUUACAGACUGUGGCUUAGGAUUCGGAAACACGUCAUUAAAAAACAUUAUUAAUAAUAUUGCUACAAAAACAAUUGAUAUAGCUUAUCCUUACAUGAAAUAUUUGCAACCAAACAGAGUAAAUUUUGUUUGUAUAGGAUGUACGAAAAACACAUAUUUCGCUUAUGCCACACAAAUUUAUCAGCAGUUUUUGACUGUUAGCGGUAUAAAAGGUCAUUGCUAUAAGAUUAAAACAUCCGAAAAUUCAGCAAAAGAAGGAUCAAAUGAAUUAAAUAGAAAUAGUAUCUCAGAAAUGAUCGAACGUGUUUGCGAAGCAAAUUACAAACCAUUUGAAGCUGUAUUAAAAUGUGGUGGUUAUUUUAGACUUGAAAGUCCAAUUAUUCUUUGGCCUGCUCCAACUUCGUAUAAACCACCAACAAAACAAACCUCAAUACGGAUUUCAAGGAGAAUAGAACUAUGUGGGUUUAUUGGUGUUUCCGAUGUUGGAUCGCCUGUAUCACUUUCAAGGCAUUUAAUUCUUCCAAAACAUGAGCACAAUGAUCGUACAAAAAAAGACAAAAAAGAAUCGUCGAAUGAGUUUGAAAAAUUAGAGAAUGAAAUACGAGCAUUUUACUCAAAGGGAGACGGUAAUAAUUCUGAAGAAGAAGAACCAAAACAUUCACAAUCAGAAUCAUACAAAGAAAAUGUUGUUGUACUUUUGCAUGGUGCGCUAAAAGUUGAUAAUAAAGCUGCUCUUGUUCUUUUAAAUGAUAAUUGGUACGGCUUCAUUUACUCCUAUGCGGAUACUAAAAAGAAGUGCAAUCUUAUGUUAAGCAUACUACCACCUGGAAAUAAAGUAGUGCCUUGGUUAGGCGAUUUUCGUUUAUUAGGCAUGUCUGAUGACAUUUUGCCUGGUGAAAAUCCUUCGUUCCCAGUUAAAUCAGAAAAAAGAAGCUAUUCGCAAAAUAUUGUAGUUUGGAUAAAAACUUCUGCAUUAAAUUCCGAUCUUCAAAAAGUUCUAAGGCACGCCAAAAAGUUACCAGAAAAAACACCACACUUCUACAAGGAGUUGAAUAGAAUUCGAAGGGCGGCUCUUUCUUUGGGUUUUAUUGAACUUUUGGAUACAUUAGCAAUAAUUUUCGAAAAAGAAAUAUCUAAUUUACCACAAAACGCCAGCCCGGAUUGUGCUUUACAAUUUAGACAUGCAGCUGAGCAAUUAAGAAAAAACCGUGAUUUUAAGGGUUCUAUCACUGCUUUACCAACAAAAUAUAAUCAACUACAAUAAACGGUUAAUUAGACAUAAAAUUUAACUUAUGAUUUAUUAAGAAAAUAUAUAAAAUUUAUAUAAAAAACUGAA